GUGCAGAUGAGAAAAGGAUGUAGGAAAUUCUGUCAUUUCCAUGUGUCUGUAACACUGAGAAGCAAGAGGAGCCCAGAAAACCCAGAGGGAGUGAAGUUAGAUGAUGACUCAAAACAUGAAUGUAGGCUCCAUUGAGAAACUAAUGGAAGAGACACAGGUUUUUGGGACCAAACCGAGACAACCUUAUAAAUUAACUGGAGGUUGCCAACCAGGUGGCCAUCUGUGUAAAUCAAAUCUGCCAUCUGAAAGUUUUUACCCAAUUUCACCUCAUUAUCCAUAUAUGCAUAUGAAUUACAGCAGCAACUGGGAAAUUUUUGAAGCAGUAAAAUUUCAGGAACUGGAAGAAGUCAAAGCCAGAGCUGCCCAAAUGGAGAAGACCAUGCACUGGUGGUCAGAUUGUACCGCUAAUUGGAGGGAGAAAUGGAGCAAAGUUAGAAGAGAAAGGAAUAAAGCCCAAGAGGAAGCAAAACAACUGAGAAUCAAAUUAGACAGUGUUGUAAAAGAACUGAGUAUGCUUAAAAAAAUAAAUCAAGAUUUAGUAAAUGAGAAGGAACAUUUAGAAAAUGUAACUGCUUGGAAAACAGAAUGCAGUUGCUCAGAAAUAUCUUAUAUUAAAAAAGAUCUAAGCCAGUUAACAUUUCUACAACGAGAACCUGUGAAAGAACUGAGCAAAACUAACAAGAUUACUGGGGCAGAAGACACAAAGAAGGAUGUAGAGGUAACCAAAGACCAAAGCAAUCACAAUAAAAAAAUCACUCCAAAAUCGCCUGAUUCCUUUGGAAUUCCCAGCAUCUAUUUGGAGGAACCUAAAAAAAAAAUGAACAGUACAACAGAGAAUGAUUUAAUACAUUUUUCUGUCUUGCAUUUGCAUUUGGCUGAGAUGCAGAAAAUCUUACAGAAGGAAAGAGAAAUGAAUGUAUUUCUGGAAAAAGAAAUUGAAAAGAUAGAAAAUGAAUUAUUUAUUUGGAAAUAUAAAUAUGAAGAACUGAGAAAAAACAAACUGGAAAGUCUGAAACAGUUGGAAAGACUGUAGUUUGAGAAUACCUCUGAAUUGGAAAAAAGAGAGAAACCUGAAGCACAAAAGCGAAGUUUGGAAGAAGAGAACAGAAGGUUGAAGUUGCAGUGGACCUGUACAGAAUUCAAGUGCAGAAUGAUGAACUGUGGAAAUUGUGGAUGCAUAGACUAA